GAGGGUGAACAACAAAACCCCUGGAGGAACUGAACUAGCUGACAGCAGGAAAAAAAAACUGGGAGAAAGCAGGAGCCGACUUCUCACCUGAGAAAACAACCAAUCAGACGAGGCAGGGGGCGUUUCCAGGGAAACAGAUAAAGCACGUAUGACAGGUGACACCUUGACAUAAAGCAAGGGCAAACAGAAGAGAAAGGGGUGUAGAAGAGUAGCCUGCAACUUGGAGGUGUAGAGACAAUCAUUUGGAUCGGCUCUCAUUCAAAUACCUGCAAAGGUUUGAAUAGGAAAAAGGACUUUCGGGAGCUGCGAAAAGAGAUUGGCACAGAAAGCAGGGACAACCAAGGGCAAAGGGUCAAGCAGAGACUCUGAGAGGUGAGAAGAAAUUUCACAAUGUCUACAUUUGAGGCCCAGGGCCAGUCUCCACCUCGGUGUGGCCCGCAGUUCCCCAGCCUCGGCCAGGAGCCCCCUGAGCUCAGCAUGUACAGUGACUGUUACUACCCUCCUCCCUCGCUGCCAAGUCCUCAGCGCACCACUCCGACCUCCUACGACCUGAGCGACUACACCACCUCCUCCACGAACCCUUACCUCUGGUUCAACGGCUCCGGCAUCAACACGCCGCCGUACCUGGCUACCACCGGCCCGCCCGGUAACCCCGGUCCUCCCUUUGUCCCCCAGCACUACGGCAUGCAGAGGCCUUACCUGGGUCCGGCUGGAGCCGGGGGUCCCGGAGGGGAGCUGAGCUGGUUCUCUCUCCCCUCGCAAGAAGACCUGAUGAAGCUGGUCAGGCCGCCUUACUCCUACUCGGCUCUUAUCGCCAUGGCUAUCCACGGGGCACCGGACAGGAGGCUGACGCUGAGUCAGAUUUACCAGUACGUCGCUGACAACUUCCCUUUCUACAACAAGAGCAAAGCGGGCUGGCAGAAUUCCAUCAGACACAACCUGUCACUCAACGACUGCUUCAAAAAAGUACCAAGAGAUGAGGAUGAUCCAGGCAAGGGCAACUACUGGACACUUGACCCAAACUGUGAAAAGAUGUUUGACAACGGAAACUUCCGCCGCAAAAGGAAGAGGAAGUCUGACUCCCUCUCCGGUGGCGAUGGCGGCUCAGGGGCUCCAGAGUCAGGCGACAGCGAGAGGGGCAGCCCCAAACACCCAGGUUCCCUUAACAUCUCCCCCACACCGGACAGGAUCCCCUCCCCUCCAUCGUCAGGCCCCGCACCCUGUCUCAGCAGCUUCUUAUCCGAGAUGUCCGGAGUGACAGCCGCCACCGAGGUGGGGGGUGACGGCUUGAGCAGGCCGCUGCAGAUCAACCUUCCUUUAGAUAGACCCACGCAACUUGGAGGCUUCAGUAGCUACUCCGCCAACACAGGUGGCCCUGAGUGGGUACCACAAGUGCCAGUUCCCGCUGUGCUAUCCUCCUCACCCACCCACUCCUCCCUGAGCUACACAAGCCCCAUCCUCAGCCAGUACAGCAGCGCCGGCGGGCAUUUCUACCCCACGCUGGGCUCGACAGGAAUCAUCUACCACCGUGAGGGCACAGAGGUUUAAUAAGACACUAAGUUUGGGUUUGACUCUUGACAGGAGAUUUCGCCUGUUUGAGAGAAGUUCGGUUGUGAGAGACACACACACACACAAGGUUUGCGCUGACUGAGACAGUUGAGAUCACUAUAGCGUGUGACAGCAGAGUAGAAGGGCUUUGAUUCCCACAGUAAGCGCUGAGUCAGCCGCAAACUACGAGGUGUCACUCCCUGAAACCGCAGUCGGCCUCGCUAUCAGAUCCUCAGUCAGCUUUUAUUCCAACUAAAGCCAGUCUCUAUCAGAUCUGACUCAUUAUUAGCAGAUCCUGGAUCUGAUCUGCUGACAUCAGGUCAUUCCACACUGCUAUCUGUGAUUCCUUGAUGGUAUCACCCACACAAUGCUCAGACAGCACAUUUAGAGGAGUAGUUAAUUACACCAUUGUCUACAUAGUGUGUCAACAAAAGGUAAAAGGUAGACUUGCUUUCAUGUUUUUGUUUUUUGUAGUUCUAAAGCUAAAAAAUCUGAUGAAUUUAGGUAAUUGUAUUUUGUAAAUAUUUCAAUGUUUUGUGUAAUGUUAUACAUUUAUAUUGUUGGUUUGUUGGGACUGUUUGUACAAAAUUGAUUCUUAAUGUAUGCUAUAUAUGUUGUUUUUGAUAUGAAUAAAAGGUUUUAGAGUUCUA